AUGGCUGGUUUCGUUCAGGCUAUUGGCGUUCUUUCCGGCCUUCUUGGUGUCGUCCAAUUCGGAAUCAAUAACUUCCAAACAGAACCACCCCCAGGAUCAACUAUCAAGUUUGCUAUCGGUCUCGAUAGCCAGAGUGGCCUGAGUAACGCCGGGGGUGACUUGCCAGAUGUUCGUAUCUGGAAUUUAUACGGGGAGUACGUGGGCAUGAAGGCCGAUCCGGGCAAGGUGUCUGACGGAGACCUUGGUCAAGUGUACGUCUCGCACGAGAACCAAGGCGUAUACUCAUUGAUGUCCGCCAACGACGACGCCAUCUGUAUUGCUUGGGCGUCUACCACAUGGAGUGCCGAGCGUGGUGGAAACAAAUACGCCGUAUCGGGCGACUUUGGUCGCGAGUGUGGUGGAACCUGGUACCACAGCGGCAUGUUCCCAUAUGACAACUCCCAAUAUCAACCCGAUUGCUUCUGGAUCGAUUCCAACGGAGAUCAACCAAACACUGGUUUCCAAGUCCGCUGGCCUUCUUUCGCGGGCGUCAAGUUCAAUGAAAGCAACACGGACCCAAAGCAGUUCUGCAACAACAUUGACUUUGGUCUUCGCACCGAGAAAGACCCAAACUCCAUCAACUUCUGGACGAAGCGCGACUCUAUUCCUGUGGCUCCACGGCGUGUUGCGUGGGCUGCCUCUCGUCUCGUUGUAAGCGACUCGGAGUCUCACUCAGCCAAGAAACUUUGCGAGUCAUCCACCUCGAUGGGCCCGGAUUUUGUUCACACCGAGGAGGAGCUUUUCUGUGACAUGGGAAGCAAGACUCUUUACCCUUUCUGCACUAGUACGAAGAGCAACUGCUUUGACUUGGAUUCUCACACCCUGUAUCCCAAGAACGGAAACACCGGGACGCAGCGUACUCGUGUCAGCGGUACCACCGAGUCGCCGUAUACCGCUGUUGUCGACUGGAGGAAGAAUGGUGAGGCAUAA